AUGGUACCAAUUGUCACGUCAAUUAAUUCAUUGGAUCGCGAAAGCGAUUUCAGGUACUCUUAUGGACAUGCUAUAACAGCGACUCGUCGAAUGAAUUCCACCAGCGUCUACGCGUCACCGUAUGAACCCGAUCCUGAUCUCGUUUAUCUAGCACAGGGUGAUGUACACCACAUGGAUGGACCCAUUUCAAGUGACUCAUCAUCGCCCGAAGUCAAUUCGAUUAGAGAUGGUAGUUCAACAUCACCAGAAGUGGCAUCAGUAAAAAUGACAGCACCUAUACACGUUGAUGAUAAUGAGCCCGUGUAUGCAAACUUGGCAGAAUUUGGGACUGGAAAUGCAGCGCCUCUCAUUGAAUCACCGAAGCCAUCAGAAGGAGAUCAACAGCGACGAGUUUUGCCGCAUGGAUGGACAGAAUAUAUUAGUCGAAGUGGCCGUUCUUACUUCUUCAACUCGGAAACCGGCCGGUGUCAAUGGAUUCCACCUCGUCUAAUGCGCUCUCCUUCACAAAUCAAGGCUUUUUUGGAUGCGACAAAGCAUUUGGAAGGAGCUCUACCCUCACAGAAAUCUUUGGAUGAAGAAAAUUUUGACUCUGUAGCCAGCACCGAUAGUGACAACGAAGCAGUUGAAUCUGUCACUUCCAGAGCGACCAGUUUGGAGCCGCAAAAUAUACCAUCAAGCGACGAGCUCAUAAGUUCAACAGAAUACAGCAGAAACGAUCCCUUUAAUAACCAGGAAAUCUUCAACAACUUGCCACCUCUACCAAGCAUUCCCACAUCGGCAAAUCGUCCUCCAUCACUUGUAAUCAAAAAUCGAGGCUCUUUAAAACAAGUUCAUGUUCCUCAACUGCCAAUAUCAGCUAUGAGUGCCUCAGUUCCUUCCGCCUCAGAAGUUCCUGAAUACGAUGCUCCGGCACCAUCUUCGUCUUGCUAUUCAUUUAGAGAUGAGAUGCUACUAUAUAACGAGGUACCUAAACCAGUCAAGCAAGGAUACAUGGAAAGAGUGGUUGCCGAAAAAGCAAAGAAAAGAGAAUGGUCACCGUGCUAUUUCUUUUUGUCAACGGCUCAUUUACUUGUGUACAAAGACGAGAAAAGUGCUGAGAAACAAGGCCGUCACUACGAGGCACCACUUUUUGGAAUGGAGCUCCGCGGCGCUUCUGUGAGCUGGGUUGUGGAAAAGGAAAGAAGAAAACGACGGAUAUUUCAAUUAAACUCGGCACCUGGUAAUUCGGCGCUUUCCACCGCACCUCCACUCAUCCUUCGAUCCUCAACCGAUGCGUUGACUGAGCAGUGGUUCGACUCGAUUCGUGAAGUGAUCGCACAUUUACCUGCCCAUACAAAUGAUACAACGGCAAGUAUUUCAACGAUUCCAAUCUCCGUCAUUCGAAAUCCGUCCGCAAUGCCUCCUCGACCAAGCUCUACCUACAAUGUAUUGACAAAAAGUAUUCGACGAGAGCAUAAACCCGAUCCAAUGAGCUCUUCUGUUUAUGAGGUGUCAUCAGCCGGCUCAUCAACAUUUUAUCAUCCAGGAAGCGGUGUUUGCCACGAUCCACCGCCUUCACGAGAAUCAAUUCUGGAAAAAUUGCGACGUUUCUUCCGUUCUCGCCCUUCUGUUGAGUCAUUGAAGGAGAAAGGAAUUUAUAAACCGGAACCCGUUUUUGGAUCAACACUGCCGGUGAUUUGUCAGCUGGAAAACACGCUUGUUCCCCGAUUUAUUCAAGUUGUCACAGAACUUAUUGAAGCUAAAGGAUUGGAGGUCGAUGGUUUAUAUCGUGUAUCUGGAAAUUUAUCAUCUGUACAGAAAAUUCGAUGUCAAGUUGAUCAAAAUCGAUAUCAGCUACUUGUUGCCGAAGAGGACAUUCAUGUUUUGACAGGAGCGCUAAAGUUGUUUUUCCGUGAACUGGCGGAACCUGUGUUUCCAAUCAAAAUGCACAAGGAUUUUCUCUCUGCAAUGCAGCAGGCUAAAUCGAGUCAUCGGCAGCGUCGUUUUGACGAGCUUAUCAAGCUGUUGCCAAUCGAAAAUCGAGAAACGUUGAAAUUAUUGCUAAGACAUUUGAACACGGUUGCCAAAAAUGCGGACAAGAAUCGGAUGCAAACGCACAAUUUGGCGAUUAUGUUUGGACCGACACUUUUCCAAUCGGGAGCUGAAGAUCGUUCGGCAACGGCUAAAAAGAACAAGGAUAAGAAAAAGAAAGGAAAGGAAGAAAAUGUGGCAGUGCAAUCGAACUCACAUCUUGCCUUUCACAUGAUAAUGCAGGGACAAAUUGUCGAAUAUCUGCUCAACGAAGGGAAAAACCUUGAGGCUCUCCAGGGACCGGUCAGAUUGCAUCCA